GACAGCGAUGACAGUUCGUUUUGACAGUCCAAACAACCGCAAGUCACGUUAAGUUUUGAAUUAACUUUUGCAAAAUUCUUUCACGAUGUCUCGCGGUAGCAGUGCCGGAUUCGACCGCCACAUUACCAUUUUCUCCCCCGAGGGGCGGCUCUACCAAGUCGAGUAUGCCUUCAAAGCUAUCAAUCAAGCCGGGUUGACCUCCGUGGCUCUCAAGGGGGUUGAUUCUGCCGUGUGUGUGACUCAGAGGAAGAUCCCUGACAAGCUCAUCGACGCCUCCACCAUCACGCAUUUGUUUCAAUUAACGGAAAGUUCAGGGUGUGUUAUGACAGGGAUGAUUGCUGAUAGCAAGUCUCAAGUGCAACGAGCGCGCUAUGAGGCGGCCCAAUUCAAGUACAAAUAUGGGUAUGAGAUGCCCAUUGAUUCCCUGUGUCGGAGAGUGGCGGAUAUCUCGCAAGUCUAUACCCAGAAUGCGGAAAUGAGGCCUUUGGGGUGCUCUAUGGUGCUCAUUGGGUAUGACCCAGAAAUUGGGCCGUGUGUGUAUAAGGCGGACCCUGCGGGGUAUUAUUGUGGGUAUAGAGCUAUAAGUGUGGGGGCAAAACAAACGGAAGCUAAUAGCUAUUUGGAGAAAAAGUUAAAGAAGAAACAAGAGUUGCAAUUUGAUGAUGCUAUCCAGUUGGCUAUUUCUUGUCUUUCAAGCGUCCUCUCGGUUGAUUUUAAGCCGACUGAAAUUGAAGUAGGAGUUGUGUCCAAAAAUGAACCUAAAUUCAGGAAGUUGACUGAAGCUGAGAUUGAUAGACAUUUGACAGCGAUCGCCGAAAAGGAUUAAUUUCUGUUUAUAUUAAUUUUAUUUGGGAGGUUUUGUAUUAUUAAAGUAAUAAAAAUCCUUAAACAAAAA